UUCUAACUCAUCCGUAGCAGUGGGAAUUAUUCGAGAGAGGGCUUUUAUUUGAGUGAGGAGAAUUAAUCGAGUAAAUACGGUAGGUCCCUUCAGGGUUUCAUCUUCCCAACAGUAUCAUCAGCCAAUGCAUGUUGGGCACCCCCAGCCGAACGUAGCUUGAUGUUCGCAAUAUCCACAUUGGGUAAUCAAAUAGCUGCAGUUUUUGCUUUGUUGUUUGGAUCACAACUUUGUGCCAUAAAAUUCUUGGACGGAUGGAGAUUAAUUUUUCUUAGUUUUGGUGCCAUUGGAAUGACAAGCUUUACAUUAUGGACUAUUUUCGCUGCAAAUAGCCCUGAUGAAAGUAGAUGGAUUGGUACAAAAGAAAAAGAAAUGAUAACUGCUAGCCUAAAAAUUGGGGAAUCUGAAAAAUCCAUUAGCUCUAGAAGAGUAAGAUAUGUAAAAAAAUUUCUCUAA